AGAUAUAAGGCGCAGCCGCUCCAAGUCCUGACGCCCCAUACCCUGUCCCCAUGGCCCAGCAUACGAUGCUGGCAGCUGCCGCCCUGGCGCUGUGCCUGUUGCUGGUGCCGCCCAGUUGCGCAUGGUACAAGCAGGCGGCCGGGCCCAGCUACUACUCGGUGGGCCGCGCUGCGGGGCUGCUGUCCAGCUUCCGCAGGUCCCAGUAUGCGCGGCGUUCGGAGUCCCCCAUCGGACAGGGAUCCCCGGAGCUACGCCCCGGCUUGCGGAACUUCGUGAGUGUGGCCAUGUGUGUGAAGGACGUCACCCCAAACCUACGGAGCUGUAUGCUACUCCCGGACGGCCGCGGUACCUUCCAGUGCCAGGCAGAUGUCUUUUUGUCGCUACGCACAGCGACUGCUUCAAGGCCUGAACCUGGACCCGACACCCAUGUAUCACCUGGCACCCACCCCUGACGCCACUGUCCUGCUUUCCUUGGGGCACAAAAUGGGCCCCAAUACUCUGUUAGACCAUCCCACCUUCAGGAAAUGAAUAAAGUAGUAAAGCCA